AGGCCCUCCACUGUGUCAGCAGUCUUGCACAGGGAGGUGAACUUGACGAGGCAGCAGAUUUGAUUCGCAACGAAUGCAGUGAGGCGUCACCCUCUGCUCUUGCGGCCGUGCGCCAGACUGUGAUUGAGGGUUACAUUCAGCAGGACCAAUUGGAGUCAGCUUGCGCUUUUGCUCUUGAGGCUCUUCGCUUACCCAAUGGCUGGGAGCAGCUGACCAUGACCUCGGCAGAGCAACUGCUGCGAGCUCUGUUGCAUGGGCAGCUUCACGGUCGUGCGGUUGAGCUUUUGCAAGGAUUGUGCCAGCCAGGAGCUUCGGCUCCCAGCGAUCAGGUUUUCAAUUCCAUGCUGGACUCAACGGUGCGCACCAGAUCCUAUGGGGAGGCGUGGGACGUCCUGGAGCUCUUGUUGAAGUGUGGGCGCAAGGCUGACAAGUACUUUGUUUCCAUUUUGACCAAGAGCUUAGAAGCAUCCAAUGACAAGCGCUGGGUUCGACGCGGUAUCAGCCUUGUGGAUAAGUUCAUUGAGCAGCAACGCGAAGAUGUGGAUGAGAUUGUGUUUAAUAGUUUGCUGAAUGUUCUGGGUCAGACUGGCGACAUGCAAAAGCUGCAGCAGACUUUGAACAAGAUGAACGAUUAUGGCGUGGCUCCAUCUGCUGUGACCUUUGGCACGGUGGUGAAAGCUUAUGGUCGGGCACGUGACACGGAGUCUGUGAUCAAGGUCUGGAACCAGAUGCGCAGCCGUUGCCUGGGCAUCAACCCAGUGACCUGCGGUUGUGUCCUGGAUGCUUGUGUGAAGUGCAACUCCCUUGACAAGGCAAUGGCAAUCUUUCAGGAGAUGCGUAUGCAAGGGAUGCACAAGAACACAGUCCUCUAUGCCACAUUGAUCAAAGGCUUGGCCAAGGUCAGGGACUUGCAGGGAGCCAUGAACCUUUACCAUGAGAUGAGGAUGGAAGGUGUGCCGUGCAAUUUGGUGACCUUCAACUCACUGAUGGAUGUUUGUGUUCGUUGUGGAGAUCUGCAAACAGCUGCCUACUUUCUCCAAGACAUGAUGGGGAUGGGUAUCGAUCCAGACCUCAUCACCUUCAGCACGCUGAUCAAAGGUUACAGCCACAUCGGAGAAGUUCACAAAGCUUUGGCUCUUUCCAAAGAGUUGAAGGCUCGUGGCCUGAAAUGUGACGAGAUCAUGUACAACAGCCUCAUCGACGGCUGUGCGAAGGCUCGAAAGGUUAGCGAGGGACUUGCCGUCUUCGAGGAAAUGUUACAAUCGCGCGUGCAGCCAUCGAACAUCACCUUCUCCAUCUUGGUGAAGCUUCACUUUGAGGUUGGACAAAUCGCCGAAGCCUUUCGCUUGGUGCCGACCUUCGUGUGCUACCGAUAG